AUGGCUAUAGCUUCGGGACGAUCAACAACAAUAUUCGAAUUGGCACCUCCACGGAACGGAUUUGGCGAGAACCAGUUCGUCAGCUCUCAUGGAGAAUCACUCAGAUACGCUCAACGUGCUUUGUUUGGUCGGGAACACCCUGCAAAGAGGAGGAUACGAUGGGCGCUAGAUCCAGAUAAAGACGAGCGCGUCUCCUCGCUGUUGAGGUGGAUACAUGCGAUGUCUAACGGACUCGCGAUCGUUGGUCUCAACACGUUUUUGCGAACGGGAGAGCGUGGUGCGUUGAUCACAAAUGCUGACUACCACGCCAACGCGGACGUGGGAUCGCCUACUCAACCAGCAUUCGACUGGAUUAGCCUUGCGCGGUUGCAGGAGACGUCCGACCGCAUUUUGCAGGAAUCAGUGGCCGUGUAUGAUCCUGCUGCACGAGUCAUUGUCUUCGUGUUUCUGCUGUCUCCGAGUGGAAACAGUAUGGCUGUCUGGCGCAGGAAGCUCGCGAUACCCGAAGCCUUACGGCAAGCUUAUGAGAAACAUAUUGCACAGGCGAAGGAACGACUACCGCAGGAUGUCCCUGUAUAUGUUGAUGAGUAUGAAUUUUACCUUCCGAACAUAACUUGCAGUGCAACAAUUCACGAUUCCUACUUCUAUUAUCUGCCUUGUAUAGGCUACCACCGAAGGAGGAACCUCCAGCCCCGCCGGUGCCACCGAAGAAGAAAUACAACUUGCUGA